AUGGACGAAACAGGACUGUUCUGGAAAAGAAUGCCUUCCAGAACAUUUAUUUUUAAGGAUGAAACCAAGGUCCGUGGCUUCAAGGCUUAUAAGGAUCGAGUCGCUCUCGUUAUUUGUGGAAAUGCUGAGGGAUUUUUGCUCAAGCCGGCCCUUAUCUACAAGGCCAAGAAUCCUAGAGCCCUAAAAAACAAGAAUAAGAACCUGCUACCAGUGCAUUGGAUGCACAGCAACAAAGGGUUCUUAAAGAUCUUUUUAACAAUCCAUAAUUCGAGCCGCUGCUUCCGAGAGCCUCGCCUGCCUGCCCGAGCCCGCUGCCAGGAUCCGAACUGGGGAGGAGGCAAGAAGUGUGGGGUGUGCCAGAAGACGGUCUACUUUGCCGAAGAGGUUCAGUGCGAAGGCAGUAGCUUCCAUAAAUCCUGCUUCCUGUGCAUGGUCUGCAAGAAAAACCUGGACAGUACCACCGUGGCUGUGCACGGCAAGUCCUGCUACGGCAAGAAGUAUGGGCCCAAAGGCUACGGCUACGGCCAGGGCGCAGGCACGCUGAGCACUGACAAGGAGUCGCUGGGCAUUAAGCAUGAGGAGGCCCCUGGCCACAGGCCCACCAGCAACCCCAACGCGUCCAAGUUUCCCCAGAAAAUUGGUGGUUCGGAGUGCUGUCCCCGCUGCAGUCAGGCUGUCUGUGCUGCGGAGGUGAUUGGCACCGGGAAGUCCUGGCACAAGUCCUGUUUCCGGAGUGGCAAGAGCCUUGAGUUAACCACUGGCGAGAUUUACUGCAAAGGAUGCUAUGCUAAAAACUUCGGGCCCAAGGGCUUUGGCUUUGGACAAUCCUUGGUCCACUCUGAGUGA